UUGUAAACAAUGGCUGACCCAACUCUGACUUUUCAACGUAUUUUUACUAAAGUGCAGUCUAUCUUGCCACGCUGUAUUGAAAAUGCUGAUGCUCUACCAAUCACAAACAUAUUUUCUACCAAAAUCAGAAAAUGGCGCUGGGGCUUGAAAGAGAUCAGUCUUCAUAUUCAUUCUGUGAGGCAACAAAGCACUGUGUUGAGGCAGCAAUCCGGAAUUAUGUAACAAAAAAGGUGAUUGAUGGAGAGGCAACACAGCUCGCCACUGUCACAGCCAUUACUACAGUAUGUAUAGAAUUAGUGCGUCAUGAGCUGAGCCUCCCAACUCUGCCCGUUCUGGUACUUACCGACUGUUUUGAUAUGUUGACCAUCAAACAAUGUGAACUACUUUUUUCCUUUGUUGAAAGUAACGUUGGCGUCUGGAAAGAGGAUACAUUUUUCGCACCGUGCAAGACCAGCGUUUUACGCAUGUGUAAUGAUCUUUUACGCCGACUUUCGCGUUCCCAAAACACUGUGUUCUGUGGACGUAUUCUUCUCUUCUUGGCCAGAUUCUUCCCCUUCUCAGAGAGAUCUGGACUUAACCUGGUGUCUGAAUUCAACCUGGAAAAUGUUACGACCUUUACCAAUGUGGAAACUACAGACAUGGACGAUGAUGAUGAUGAAGGAAAAGGAGGAGACAAUCGGUUAUGUCUUGACUACACCCUGUAUACAAAAUUCUGGUCACUCCAGGAUUUCUUCAGGAACCCGGUGCAGUGUUUCCAGAAAGCACCAUGGAAGAUGUUUACCAUGUACUGUGGAGACGUUCUAGAAGCAUUUAAAAGUUUCAAACUGGACAAUGUCCAAGGUAGUGGAAGUGGAGGAGCUCAUCUCUCUCGAACAUUAUCUGAGCCAGCACAUACAGAAGGAAGUUCCAGUCUGCAACCCCAGGUGGACCAGUAUUUUGCCAAGUACUUAACAAACCAGAAGUUGCUCGACCUUCAGUUUUCAGAUGCAAAUUUCCGUCGCUAUGUACUCUUGCAGAUCUUAAUUCUGGCCCAGUACCUGACCUCCAAUAUAAAGUUUAAACAGGAGACUCUAACAGAAGACCAGUCAGCAUGGGUCAAGAAGACUGAGGACCUUGUUUAUACACUUUUGGAAGAGACUCCCCCUGAUGGUCCAGUGUUUGUGAAGACAGUAAAGCACAUAUUAAUGAGAGAAGAAAUGUGGAGUGAAUGGAAAAAUGAAGGAUGCCCAGAAUUCAAGAAACCAGAAGGUUAUGAAAAAGGAAAGGCAAAACAGAAUGGCAAAAGUGAGGAGCUGAAAGAGGAUGCAGAUAAGUCACCUAAAAAAUUACGACACAAACGGAAAGUGGGAGAAAUUAUCCGAGAUGCUGAUUCAAAGACUAAAUUCUCCAUGGGCAAUGCUGAAAUGACUCGACUUUGGAAUCUGAAACCAAAUAAUCUUGAGGCGUGCAAGAUGCCAGAACGAGACUUUGUACCUGCACUUGAGACAUACUUCACUCCUGCCAUUGAACAGCUUAGCCCUAAAUCUGAGUUGAGAGAACAGGAUAAGUUGGUUAAUGACAGCAACUUUGGUUGGAGAGGUUUGCGACUGUUGGCCUGUCGCUCACCCCAUUUUUUUACUCAUUCUGCUAGUCCUAUUGCCACAUUGCCUGAAUAUCUCACCACCAUGAUCAAGAAAUUAGCAAAGGAGCUACCUUCACAACUAACAGCCGAUAUUAAAGUAGAAGAAGAUGAUGAUAAAGAAGAAGAAAAGGUUAUUCCUGUGCUGGAGCAAAAUGAUGGGGUAAAGGAGGAUGAGGAGGAUAUGGAAGAAGAAGGAGGGGAUGAGGAACGACCAGAGAUCAAGGCCAUAACUGAGGAAGAGCAAAAAGCCCUAUCCAAGAAUUUGGAUCAACUGGGGCAAGAUAAGUGGAAGCUCCUUGCUAAGAAGCUUGGUUUUGCAAAUGAUGAGAUUGAAUUCAUUGAAAAAGAUAAGGCAGAAAAGGAGGGUAGUGUGGAAAAUCAGGUGGCAUUUAUGCUGAAGCUUUGGGUGGAAAAUGAUGGUGAUGAAGCCAAUAAGGAGUGUCUUCUCUACACACUUGAAGGACUCGGCAUGACAGCAAUCGCUGAUGGUGUAUUCACUUGAUGUAUUAUAAACCCCCAUUAAAAGGUUCUGCACAAGGUAUUUGUUUGAUGUAUAACUUUUUUCGUAAUUACACGCAUUUACUGAUUUCUUUUAUAUGAUGGUGAGAACAGUAAGAGGCAGAUGUGGAAAUGAUAGAGGUGUUACAGAGAGGAUCAAUGUCUUUGCAGAUGGUAUGAAUAGAUAUAGAGAAUGGAAAAUUUUUGAUAGAGGGAUGAGGAGAUGCAGUUGGACAUCCAUGGAGUAACAUUAUGCAUGAAUAAGAGACGUAAUGGGUUCAAGUGACUUUUAGAUAAGGCUGUGCUACUGAUGUGUGGUGAUCACUUACAUGAAGUGAGAGGUAAAAUAGAUUUAAGACAUUUAUAUGAAAAGACAUACCCUGUACCUUAGUAUAACACUUAUCUUACAAAUGAAGUAAAUAUUAAUUAUUAAUAAUAAAUUAAAAAUGAGUGAAUGAUAAGAAUACAGUAGAGUAUAGUAUAAGAAAAAUAAUUGUGUGGAUUUGCUUUUAUUUACAGCUACCCU